AUGCCUUUCCAAAGCGAUUCAGAGAAUUGUUUAACGAAUCCAGAACACGAACACGAGGUAUCGAGAUAUCAGAACACUUAUCGUCUGGAAGCUCAUAAUCCGUUCAAAGUAGAUCCAGUGGAUAAGAUUGUGCAGAUGUUGAUGACCACUAAACUCGAAGACGUCUCUUACGACGCCGUUGAAUGUCCAAAAGUUUGCGAAUCAAUAGCCACCGAUAUUAAAGAGAAGAUCAAAAAAUUGAACUUCGAUAGGUACAAAAUUAUAGUCAACGUCGCCAUCAUAGAGAAAGCGGGUCAAAGCAUACGAACAUCUAUGGGAUUUCUAUGGGAUGCCGAGAAAGAUAAUUAUUCCACAUUUACAUACGAGGCUCGGACAUUUCACGCAUACUGUUGUGUACUCGGACUUUAUUACGAAUAA